AUGAAUACCUUUAUGGGUGUCCGAUCACUUCGUGCUUGGCCUGCCCUUCUUCGCCCGUUUGUGCAUUGGUUUUUACCAGAAUUUUUACCAGAAUUUCGAAAAUGCCGUGAGCAAAUGCAUCUUGCACGUCUUAUGCUGCAGCCAGUCUUUGACCGCAGAAUGAGGGAGAAGGCCCCAAACCCCAAGGACACAAUCCAGUGGCUGGACGAAGUCGCCGCAGGACGCCCUUACGAUGCCGCUGCGGCUCAAAUCGCAUUUGCAAUAAGUGCAAUGCACACGACUUCUGAAUUACUCAAGCAGGCUAUUUUGGAUAUCUGUAUUAAUCCAGAGCUGGUUCCUGUUCUACGAGAGGAAGCAAGGAAAGAUGUUGAGGAAAGUGGCUGGUCAACCGCAGGAGUUUUCAAAAUGCAACUUCUGGAUAGCGCAAUAAAAGAAGAGAUUCAGCGAAUCAAGCCCGGGAGCCUAGUAAACCUUGAACGGAAGGCUUUGCGAGACGUUGUUCUACCCAAUGGCAUGACGAUUUCCCGUGGAACCAACCUUGCCGUUGACUCUUCUGUGAUGUGGGACGCUGCAAUAUAUCCAGACCCUUUCAAAUACGACCCAUAUCGUUUCCUUCGCCUACGGGAAGCUGGGAGUGCUACUGCAGCACUUGCAUCUACGAGUCCCGAGCAUAUCGCCUUUGGAAUUGGCAAGCCUAUCUGUCCUGGGAGAUUCUUUGCCAGUAAUGAAGUCAAAAUUGCCUUGGCAAUGAUUUUGCUGACGUAUGAUGUGAGAAUUCCUCGAGGUAUGAAACCAAAGGUUGUGGAGAUGGGCUUUGAGAUGUUAAGCGACCCAGACGCAAGACUAGAGAUCAGAAAACAGCAAGAGUCAUAG